UCUGCAGGAAUGGGUAUGCGUUUAGAAUCACACAAUUGUCCAAGGAUGAAUUAAACCGAAACUUAAAGACUCUAUUUUAAUUUUUUUCAAUCGCCUGAGAUUAAAUUUAAAGUGUUGGACCUUAACUUGUUGACGGGAAAUUCUUUCAUCCCAAGAACAACUUAGUCAGCGCGGUCAAUAUGACGGAGGGUGGGUUUGUCGUGUUCUGUUAUCGGCAGAAGACAGGCAUGAUUUUUUGUAUGUUUUGGAUCCUAAUAUUUAUAGGAGCUGUUAAAGGUGAAACAGCAUGCCAGAGGGCCAUGGCACAGUAUUCCUUACCUGGAGCAUCCCUUUGCUACAAUACAUCAGGAAUGGGAAAUAGAGUUGUUCUGGACGUAUUUGAUGCACAAUAUUCCUCAGUAACGAAUUGCAGAUGUACUGUUACUACUACAAACAGUACAAAAGUCAGUUUUUUACCACUAAGUGGCCUUCAACCAGCUCAGUACUGUUCCAGCACUAUUCUUGUACAGACGUCUACCGGAUCUGGGGUUUCUAUAAACUGUUUUAUUUUGGGAAGUCUCAACAUUAGUCCUUCAGUAACAAUGUCAAUUUCCUUUGAAAAACCACGCUAUAAUUUCGAUGCUGGCUAUUGUAUGUUACUAACUGCAGAUAACACAAGCGCGAUGCUCACUUUGAAGUGUGAGGGAGAUAUUCCUGGUUCGAUAGUAACCACUUCUACAACUCCAAGCACAACAACUACCACCACACCAAUAACAACAACAAGUGCAACAACACAGAGGAUAACAACGACAACCACUGCCAGACCAACACAAAUAUUGACAUCAACUCCAACGCCACCAACUACAACAUCAACGUCGACAACAACAACUCCAUUACCAACAUCGACAACAAAAUCAAGCACAACAUCAUCUCAACCUGUAUCAACACAAAUUACGACCACAAAGAAGCAGAGUACAACAGAGAGAAUAACACAGUCCACAACAAAACGUCCAUCUGUACCAGGAGUAACAACCAAGACAACAGACGAAAUAGGGCAGUCAGCAGGCUCGACUUCAGAAUGGAGUUACAUUAUUCCUCUGGUUGGAGCUGGUUUAAUCGUUAUUGCUGCCAUUAUUCUAGCGAUCUGUUACAGCCAAAGGAGAAAACGUAAAAACAUGUAUGCUCACAGGAAUAGUUUGUCAGCAUAUGAGAACGUCAAAUCACCCUACUCUUCAGACUUCGAUGCUGGCCCCGGAAUGACAAGUAAAAUCUCCACAUCCACUAACUCGACAUACAUAAACGCAAUCGUGAAUGAUGACGUAAGAGAUGAUGUCUCUGUAUCAACCAAUCUAAGUGAAGGAACGUAUAUACGUCAUAGUGUACGGCAACCAAUUAACAACGACGCUCUAAUGUACUCUGUUGUAGAUAAAUCUACAAAAGAAAACAAGCCAGCCACAGACGCAAUAUACUCUAGAUCUCAAGAAGAUAAGCCAGCAAGCCAAACCCAGCAACCUACAGCCACAGACGCAAUGUAUUCCCAAGUAGAUAAAACAGCAAGCUUGACCCAUCAACCCACAGAGGCAGACGUCGUUUAUUGAGUAAAACAGUAGUAAUUUGUCCUUUCUUCAAAGCAAGUGAAAUUUGUUUGGAUUUCUACCAUUAAGUGUUCAUGCAAUCAUAUUUUUUUCAGAAUGAUAUUUUUAAAAUUUUUCAAAUGAAAGCAUUUACAUUGAAUACCGGUUUGCUGAUGUUUUUCCCCAUUAUUAUUAUAAAUGCACACUGCAUUCGAACAUAAUAACUGUAAUA